UUCAACUUCUCUUCAGUUUCUCUUCCUUUCUUCUUCUCUUCUCCAAACCCUAACCGAAACUAGAUUUCACUGCAUUCUUCCACUUCACUCGAUGAUCACCGAUUCUUCCAUGGCGAUCCCUGCUUCAUUGAACGAUUCCGUCUCUCUCGAACGGAAAUUCCUCAAGCAUAUCCGUGAUAACGUUCACGGCAACAUCUUCCUCGAGCCUAUCUUUUUGAAGUUUGUUGACACAGAACAAUUUCAAAGACUCCGUGAUUUGAAGCAGCUCGGCCUAAGUCACAUGGUUUACCCUGGGGCUGUCCAUUCUCGUUUUGAGCAUUCACUAGGUGUUUAUUGCCUGGCUGGGAAAGCUAUUGAUAUCAUUAAAAAAUACCAGGGCCCUGAGCUUGGUAUUGAUCGAUUUGACGUAUUGGCAGUUAAACUUGCUGGAUUACUGCAUGAUGUUGGUCAUGGGCCCUUCAGCCACACUUUUGAGCGCGGGUUCCUUCCCCUGGUUCUUAAUGGCCCCACUUGGUCUCAUGAGGAAAUGUCUGAGAAAAUGAUAGAUUACAUUGUUGAUGAACACAAUAUUGAUUUGGAUUCUCAACUCCUCAAAAAAGUGAAGGAAAUGAUCACUUCUAGCUCUGUCCAUCCUCCCCAAAGAGAGAAGAAGUUCUUAUAUGAUAUUGUUGCAAACGGUCGCAAUGGAAUUGACGUUGACAAAUUUGACUACAUUGUUCGUGAUUCACGUGCUUGUGGCCUAGGGUGCAACUUUCAGCCAGAGAGAUUGAUGGAGACCAUGCAAGUUAUGGAUGACGAAAUUUGUUAUCGCUCUACAGAUUAUCUGACAACUCACAAGUUAUUUGCAACCCGUGCUGAUUUGCAUAGAACAGUCUACACACAUGCAAAAGUAAAGGCAAUUGAGUUGAUGGUUCUGGAUGCACUGGUGAAAGCAGAUCCAUAUCUUCAUAUUGCAUCCUCAAUUCAUCAACCAUCUGAAUUUUGGAAGUUAGACGACUCAGUUCUCAAAACAAUUGAAUGUUCUUCCAAUCAUGAACUGGAGGAAUCCAGAAAGUUGGUUCUACGCAUUCGCAGAAGGGAUCUAUACCAGUUAUGCAAUGAAUUUUCUGUUCCAAAGGAAAAACUAGACAACUUCAAAAGCAUCACACCCCAAGACAUUGUCUGUUCCCAGAUCAAUGGGACCAAUUUGAAAGAAGAUGAUGUCGCUGUGAGCAACGUUAAAAUUGAUUUAACACGUGGAAUGGAAAACCCUCUUGAAAGAAUUAAAUUUUUCAAGGACUACGGGAGUAAAGAAAAAUUUCCAAUCGAAAAUGAGCGAAUCAGUCAUUUGUUGCCAGCAUUCUACGAAGACAUCAUAGUGAGAGUGUACAGCAAGAAGCCUGAACUGGUGGAAGCUGUUUCUGCUGCCUUUGCAAAUUAUCAGCUCAAGACAUUUGGAAGGGAAGCACAAGUGCACGAAACUCCUAAGAAGAAGCAGCGUCUUACGCAUGAGACCCACCCUACUGACUUUAACAUGUAGAUACUAGAUAUCAACUAGUUGGCCAAAAUAAUCUUUACCAUAUGUAAUAACGCAGUGGAUGGUUCAUACGUCACAGAACCCAUCUAGUCUACUAGUUGUUUCUUUUUGCUUUUGGUGAAAAGACUGCCGGUUUCUUAACUCUUGUUAUUUAGUCAAAUGAGGGGUAUAUUUAGGGGAAAAUGUAGUAUAUAAAAUGAAAGAUACUACUUGGUACUCAAUAGUGACCAAAUUUAUGUGUAUUUCUUGGGUUGUUGGAAUUUUUGUUAGCAACAUAUGAUUCGUAUAAAAUGGAUGAUGAUAUUA